AUGUCAACACCACAAUCUGGAGUUUUAAACAGUUUAAAAGUGCUUAAAGAAGAAAAUGAUAAAUUAAAACAACAAAUAAAUGAUAAAAAUAAUGAAAAUAUUACAUUAAACCAACAAUUAGAAAACUGUAAAAAAGAAAAAGACCCGUUAAAAAAUACAAACGAUAAUCUAAAAAAAGAACUGGAAAAUUGUGAUAAAGAGAAUCAAACCUUAAAAGAUAAAAAUAAAAAUCUUGAAAAUGAAAUUAACAAUCUACAGGAAGAACUGAAAAAAUGUAAAGAAAACAAACCAAAUGAAACUCAACCGAACAAAGCUCUUGAAGAAGAAAUUAAAGAACUAAAAGAACUCUUGGACAAAUACAAAAAAGAAAUUAAAGACUUUGAAGAAGGAAUCAACGUAAUGAAAAAAGAAUUAGAAAAAUAUGAUGC